AUGGAUCGAUUGAGGAAGGAUAACCCACAGACAUCGACGAGCGUGAAACAUGUCUACAACCAACUUGAGAAGAUGAAGAAAGAGAAUAUGGCAGGGAAGACUGUAAUACAACACGUGAUGUCGAACCUUCAAGAAAAUGGAUAUGAAUAUUUGUAUCGAUCUAAUGAAGCUGGUGAUACACUUACUGAUUUGAUGUUUGCCGCUCCUAUUUCACUUAAACUUUUGCGUUUAUUCUCUCAUGUUAUAUUGAUGGACUGCACUUACAAAACCAAUAGGUAUGAGAUGCCACUUCUGAAAAUAGUUGGGAUCACCCCUAUUGGUUACAACUUUACAAUUGUUGUUCCUUUCAUGUCACAUGAAGAUGCAGACACAUACAUGGGCUUUGAGUUGUUUGAAAUGUGCAUUGGGGGAUACCUGUUAUUAGUUGUUAUUUUAAUGACUAUUAACAGGGUGGAAAGUGCUCACAAUUCGUCGAAGGGUUGGAUUAAUGCUUCUAUCGGCGCUGUGAACACCAUUCAAUAUCAGCUUGACUCCAGGGGUUUGAUAUGCAAAGUCACACAUGAUGCAUUAAAUUUGCUUGAUGAUGAGUUCGGUAAACCGGGGGUAGAAGACCCAUCUACUUGUGAUCACGUUCUGUGGGUUACUCAUGGACUUUCAUGUGCGUGCCAAAUUUCGUUGAAAAUCCAACAACAUGAUACGUUUAUAACUAUGGAUCUAUAUUCAUUUUGGAGUAUCAUGCACGUUGAAGAACAAGAAAUACCCGAAGCACAGGUAGACCGCGAAGCAGAUAUGAGAGACCGGAUAAUAAGACUAGCCACCGAAGUGUUACAAAAAGAUUACAUGACUCAAAAAAUGACUGUUGAUUACAUGAAUAGCGCUAUUAAUCCAGACACCAUUCACUUGACUGAGCCUGCAUAUGUUAAACCGAAGGGACGGCCAAAGGAUAAACCGACGAAGAGAGAUAAAUCCGGUUGGGAGUACCCACGAUUCCCGCCGAAGUCGUCUACUGAUGAAGAAAAGGGUAAAUCGUCUGCAAUAUCUAAUGGUCGAAAAAGUACUUCUACCGGAAUCCCACCAUCGAAAGUAACCGAUCCCGCUCCCGGUCGUGGACGGGGUUGA